UCUCUGCUUGAGACGGCCACAUUAAUUAGAGCGAAAUGCCACACUUCUGUCGGGUUUCUACCCAGCCCUGCCACCGUUGUCCCUACCUCUAUGGCAUCUGGUUCAGGGCUAGAAUCUCUGCCAUUGCUCGAUGAUGACUUGCUCCUCUUGCCGGCUGUACCCACGGAUCGACUGGACAAUCUGGAUGCGGCAAUUACGCCAGGGGCUGAUAGCGAAACUUUGGCUGGUGGCAUAGAUAAUUGCGAAGCGGGUGUGACUGUCGAGGAGCCUCAAUCCCCGGUCUUUCCAGAUUCCUCUUCCUCGUCUACUUGUUCUGUCGUUCAGUAUGUUACUUCUGCUGCCGCCACUUCUAAAGAAGAACCCGAGGAAGUUUUUGCUGACCCUGGAAAUACUUCAGGAAACCUCUCGACUGAAACAAAUGAAGCUUUGGCCGCUGGCGCCAUGGGCUAUGUUCAUGUUAUGCGAUCUCUUUAA